AUGAGCACAUCCUCCGCACAUGCUGAGCUCGUUCGCCAGAUACCCACCAGUUAUGAGAAGGCCGUAACUUCCGGCGAUCUGUUGUUCUUUCCAUCCACCGUGCACAAGCACGUCGACAUUGAUGUAGAAUUUGAGAUACGAUUGUGUCCAGCUCUGCAGAAGAAACCCACAACAGAAACGCAACCGUCGAUCAUCCCAGUCGAUCCUGCAGCCGAUGCAGGUCUUGAGACUCAAGGAAACAAAGGAACGGUCUUCGAUCCUUUCUCUCCUCCGUACAAUGUGAAUUUGUUUGUGGGAGAGCUGCAAGAUGAAGACUCGCAGGAGGAAUACGUUGUACUGCUGAAUAAAUACUCCGUGGUUCCUAAUCACUUCCUCCUGGUUAGCAAAGAAUUCAAGUCGCAGUCAACACCUCUCUUCCCCCCUGAUCUGGUGCAAAUGUACACAAUCCUCAUAGAGGCCAAGAAGGCGGGGCUGAAGGCUCUUUCGUUCUACAACUGUGGUGACAAUAGCGGUGCUAGCCAGCCUCAUAAGCACGCGCAGUUUAUUCCUAUAGAAGACGAUGGGCCACCCGUCGAGAAACUUGCGAGGCGCACCAAGCUAGAGACACCUACGAGACCAUUUACGUUGGCAUCCCUCCCAUACGCGAAUCACGUAUAUAGGUUCCCCAGCGAGCUCCCAUCAGCGGAGCCCGACGAGCUACAAGAAACGCUCUGUCAAGCAUUCAUGGCCCUUCUCGAGCUAGUUAUAUCGACAAUCCGCCACGAUCCCGAUUACCCCGCUGGAAAGCCGUCAUAUAAUGUCCUGUUAACCCUUGAACAUCUCCACGUAAUCCCUCGGCGAUUUGAAACGCACGUCUUGGAGGAAACUGGGGACAAACUAAGCGUGAAUUCAUUAGGGUUUGCUGGGAUGCUGCUGGUGAAAAGCGAGGAGGAAUUGGAGGCCGUGAAGAAGGAGGGAGUGGGCAAGAUUCUCCGUUCCGUAGCACUGAACAGCGUACAUGACAUACAAGUCGCUGGGCAAACGGAAGAGCCGAUGUAA